ACAAUCCCCAGAAAUACAACAAUGACAUCUAUUUCUACCAUGGAAAAGCACUCCUAAACACUAUUUAACCGGGUGCUCUGAAGAGCUGUUAUGGUGGAAUGUUGUGUAAGAAUGACAACUACUCCUGUCUCUUGAGUUACUGCAAAUCUCCCUUAGCGUAACCAUCUCCAACCAUGCCAGACAAGGAUUGGUCACAGACUAACCAGCUGUCACUACUCAGAUGGCCUGUGGUAGCUGUGCUACUGUCUCUCCUCUCUCUUUGUUUUCCCGGGCAAGUGUUUCCAGCCAUUGGUUCGAGUGAGAAUGCCAGCAGCUCCAACAGACACAGUCACUGCAAGAUAGCCGAGUCACACAUUAUUUACACCGUUGUACCCCAAAACUCUGUAUUAAAACAUUUACUUCUACCCGGAUCCUGCAAGUCAAGUCCCUCUUUAACCUUUUCAAAGUCAUCUUGCUACAGUACUAAAAAAUAACACACUGACACACUCAACUGGCAUUUGAGGGGAUACUGGUGUCAGAUUCCAAACCGACUGCCGCUGUGCCCUUGAACAAGGCAAUUAUCCUGUUGGAUUGUGUCUAGAAAGCCCCCUCAAAAAAACUAAAUACGAGUGCUUAGAAAAUUACAAUGGUUGUUAACAAACCACAAACCAGAAGUUUCAUAUUGAGAACCUAAAGAAUACAUCAUUAAUACUAUUAUAAAUUGCUGGGUUUUAUUCUACAAGUGUUAGGGUUAGUUCUCAUCUUCAUAGAUAAGAACUACACAUUCAUUUCAUUGCCUUAAUUAGAAAACAAACAGACUAUGCUGUUACUCUGAAUUCUGUUUGUAGUCUGUAUGCAAAUAUUCAAACUUCCUCUGUCAUAUACAGGUCUUCAAUAGACAGGGAGUGACACAUAGUUAUUACACAGACAGGACCUCAGCACCAGUCUACAGUAAAUACACAAUGUGGGUCUUGUUGCUCUUAAUUGUGACUGUAACCUCAAUAGUCUCGGGACCUUCUUGUUCAGUCAACCACAAUCCUCGUCAUAUUUAUGUCCCUGGGGACAUUGUUGUGGGUGGACUUUUUCCCGUUUACCUGCAGGUGAAAACUAAUGGAUCCACCAUUCCUCCGCAAAAGACGUGCAUUGAUUACGACGUGCAGAUGUUCCUCCGAUCGCAAGUGAUGAUUUAUGCCAUUCAAGAGAUAAACAGGUCUCAGAUGUUGCCCAAUGUGAGUGUCGGAUACGAAAUAUACGACACCUGUGGGGAUGUAACAAAUGCCGUCAGAGCAACACUGAGCAUGAUGGAGGACAUCCAGGGGCAGGGGGUGAAGCCUAAUGUAACCACACCACAUGUUAAAGUGGUAAUUGGGGAGAGGUAUUCUGAGAAGUCAAUAGCUGUUGCCCGUCUACUAGCUCUACCUUUAGUGGCUCAGAUCAGUUAUUCAUCAACAAGUGAGUUGCUCAGUAGGAAGUGCAAGUUCCCCUCGUUUCUGCGAACGGUCUCCAGUGAUGAGCAUCAGACCAUUGCGAUCGCUGAGUUGGUGAAGCAUCUCACCUGGGAGAGCGUGGGAGUGAUAGGCAGUGAUGAUGAGUACGGCAAGUAUGGCGCCGAGAGGCUGAUCGAUCACUUCAAUGACAGGAAACUGUGUGUGGACUUCAAGGAGAUCCUAUCAGCAAACUUUUUACUCAACGAGACCAGAAAACAAACAGAAUUGGCCAUGCUCAUGUCAAAGAUUCGCAAUUCGUCUGCCGAGGCCAUUGUCAUUUUCACAGCUGAAUUGAAUGUUAGGAUCAUCCUCAAAGAGGUCCUUAGAAUGGGGAUCAGCAGAAUUUGGAUUGCAUGUGACACUUGGGCCACCAACAAGGACCUUUCUGAAAUGCCCGAUAUUCAAAAGGUUGGGAGGGUAUUUGGAUUCAUUCCAAAGAGAAACAAAGUGCCGGGUUUUCAUGAGUAUGUCCGUGACUCUAUGUUCCAAAGUAAAGCCCAUAACAGCUUUAUCCAUGAAUUUAUGUGUCAUUAUCCUCCAUGUCCCGAUUCCUUGGUAGAUGAAAGUGUGCUGAACUGUACAUUACCCGACACCAAAUCCCAGUCAGAGAGUGGUGGAAGGACAUGCCUGGACAGAAGGUGCUUACUGAAGUACAUUGACAAGGAUGAGUCUUAUUACAUCUAUCUAGCGGUCAAAGUCAUUGCUCAGGGGCUGAGAAGCCUGCUGAACUGCGACAAUGUAAGGUGUAAACGAAAUGCCAGUUUUGCUGUUUGGGAGCUUCUUGAGGAACUCAAGCGGGUUAACUUCAUAGUGGACAAUACCACACACAUAGCUUUCAAUGAAAAUGGUGACCCUACUACAGGAUAUGACAUCGUAGAGUGGAAUAUGUCGGUUUCAGAAAAUCGGAUAAUAACCGUUGGAGAGUAUAGGCCUGAUGAACCCAUCCGCAUCAGAGAGCAUCUCAUCAGAGAGUUCGAAAAUGUUACAGUGACUUUUGCCAACUGCUGUAAGACAUGUAAUCCGGGAUAUGAGUUAAUUUCAAAGAUAAACUCAUGCUGCAAGGAGUGUUCUCUUUGCAGUCGUGGAUACAUUUCUACCGGAGGUGGUAAGAAGUGCGUGGCCUGUCAUCCACAAAGUGAGUACACAUCCUCAGACAUGGACAGAUGUUUGAUGAAAACCAUUGAGUACCUGGGGUGGACUGACGCUUUCACCACUGUUCUGGUCUCAUUUGAUGUCUUGGGGAUUGUUGUCAGCCUUCUGGUGGCCAUUUUGUUUGCUGUGGAUCAAAGAACACCCAUAGUGAAAUCCACUGGAGGCUACCUCAGCUUCCUGGAGCUGCUGUCCCUGCUGGCCUGCUUCUGCUGUAUCAGUAUGUUCCUGGGGGAGCCAACAAAGACCACCUGCAUGGCAGGACUCCCACUCUUUGGCAUGGCCUUCACUGUCUGCGUCUCCUGCAUCCUGGCCAACCUGCUCCAGAUCUUUGUGGGCUUCACUUUCGAUUUGAGGGUUACAGUCGGCGACACACUGAAGCGCCUCAACCGACCCAUCGCCGUGGUAACGUGCUGCUCGGCGGUCCAGGUGGCCGUGUGCGUGCUGUGGCUGACCUACGCCCCACCGUUCAUUGUCGAAAGCAGCAGGUUCGACGAGGCCACCAUCCUUCUGGAGUGCAACAAAGGUUCCAAGAUGCUCUUUGGAGCCAUGUUGACUUACAUUGCCCUGCUGGCAGUGGUCUGCUUCCUGUUUGCGUUCAAAGGGAAGCAGUUGCCAGAUUUGUAUAAGAACGCCAGUUUUGUCUCCAUCAGCAUGAUGAUUUUCCUGGUGGUUUGGAUUGUCUUCAUCCCUGUCUACAUCAACAUGUCGGGGAAGUACCAGCGGGCCAUCGAGGCGGCGGCCAUCUUGGUGUCCAAUUACAGCGUACUCUGCUGUCACUUUGCUCCCAAGUGCUACAUCAUGCUCUUCAGGAAGGAGCUCAACAACGAGAGUGCCAUCAUAAAUUACAUCCGGAAACACUAUGAAAAGAAGGGCAUGGCUGUUGUCAGCAAAUAGUUUGUUGAUAGUAGCGAUACGAGGUAUUUGAGGCAGAUAUGUACAUGAAGGUAGGGUAAAUUGACUAGGCAUAAGGAUAGAUAAUAACAAGGUAUUUGAGGUAGAUAUGUACAUGAAGGUAGGGUAAAUUGACUAGGCAUAAGGAUAGAUAAUAACAAGGUAUUUGAGGUAGAUAUGUACAUGAAGGCAGGGUAAAGUGACUAGGCAUCAGGAUAGAUAAUAAUGAGGUAUUUGAGGUAGAUAUGUACAUGAAGGCAGGGUAAAGUGACUAGGCAUCAGGAUAGAUAAUAAUAAUAAGAGCCUCUACAGGUGGACAAUCUGAAUUUUUCAAAGUGUGAUCCAUGAUAAGACUGUCAAGCACCAGUGAUAGUUAUUGGAAGCAUGGAACUUGGCAUAAACCUAUUUGCAUUAUGGGAACAUGAACCCAAGCAUUACAGAGGAAUAAUUUUUCUCCAGAAUACAGUACAUACAUUAUGUCCCCCUAGCUAUGCUAUACAGUAAUGCUAUACUGAUUAGUAGUUGUUUAUAAUUGAUUUCAAAUUGAAUCAAAGUUUAUUUGUCACGUGUGCCGAAUACAACCGGUGUAGUAGACCUUAUAGUGAAAUGCUUACUUACAGGCUCUAACGAAUAGUGCAAAAAAGGUAUU